GAGGUGAUCAAUUCGAUGGGGCAGCAAUUGUUAAUCUAUAGCUUCGUGGCUAGAGGGACGGUGAUCCUGGCCGAAUACACGGAAUUCAGCGAAAACUUCAUCAGCAUCGCCUCGCAAUGCCUUCAGAAACUCCCUGCUUCCAACAACAGGUUCACCUAUAACUACGACGGCCACAGCUUCAAUUACCUCGUCGACAAUGGCUUCACUUACUGUGUGGUUGCUGUUGAGGUUGUUGGGUGGCAGAUGCCAAUUGCCUUCCUCGAGCGAAUCAAGGAGGAUUUCACCCAGAGAUAUGGUGGAGGAAAAGCUGCAACAGCAGUUGCCAAUAGCUUCAACAAGGAGUUUGGGCCCAAAUUGAAGGAGCAGAUGCAAUAUUGCGUAGAUUAUCCAGAGGAGAUCAACAAGCUUUUGAAAUGA